AUGGAUGUGGAAAACGCGAAUUGCAAACUCAAAGUGUCGCAAUGCACGGACAUGGAGAUAUUGCCCAUAGAAAAACCAUUAAAAGUGAAUCAUGAGAUUGCCGGCUUGGAGAGACUAAUUGAAGAACUACACGGAAUAUUCUCGAGGAGCCACGUGAACGUUCAGGAUGUUCAGAAACUCAUGGCAGGCUACAAAUCCGACCCUAAGGAUUGGAGGAAAUACGCGAAGUUUGAUCGUUUCAGGUACACAAGGAACUUGGUCGACGUUGGGAACGGGGCGUUCAAUAUCAUGAUCCUGUGCUGGGGGCCAGGACACGCCUCAGCGAUCCACGACCACGCCGACUCGCACUGCUUCAUGAAGCUACUGAGCGGAAGCCUUGAGGAGAUCAGAUACGACUGGCCUGAUGACGUCCAGCCCGAAGUGCUAAGAACCAUCAAAGAGAAUGCAAAUACGGGCGACCAAAACUGCGACAACCACACCGCGAUGAGCACAGACUAUAAUGACAGCUGCCAACGUCAAAAUGACAGCUGUCAGGGAGAUAGUCACAUGAAUAGCGGCGAAGAAGACGAAGAUUAUUACGAUUUGAAAGAUAUGAAAGAAAUAGGGAGAACGAGAUUAGAAGUGAAUGAUGUGUGUUACAUAAAUGACGCUCUUGGCCUGCACCGCAUGGAGAACCCCUCGCACGUGGACGGCGCUGUCUCCUUGCACCUCUACUGUCCCCCGUUCGACAGCUGCCGGGUCUUCGACGCCAGGACCGGUAGACCCACUCAAGUUAAAGUCACCUUCUGGAGCAUGUACGGGAAGAAGAUUAAAAGGGUAAUCGAAGCCAAUGACGCUGUCGAUAGUCAGUAG